UAUCAAUCGAUAUAUUGUAUAAGCCACAUUCGCCGUCUAGUCUACAACUCUAGAGUCUAGAUAGAAACAUUUCUCACUUUACCUUUUCCGGCUACUCCGGCUGAAGGAACAUCGGAAAGACUGGCUCCUCACCGACAAAACACAUAGAAGAUCGAAAAUGCACGCAAAGACGGACUCGGAUGCGACAAGCUUCGCUCCAUCGUCGCCGGAUCACAACCGGCGGCCGGUGUACUACGUGCAGAGCCCUUCGCGCGACUCGCACGACGGGGAGAAGACUAACACAGCGUCGUUCCACUCGACACCGGCGAUAGGAAGCCCAAUGGGCUCGCCGCCGCACUCCCAUUCAUCCGUGGGCCAGCACUCCAGGGAAUCCUCAACCAGCCGCUUCUCGGGCUCUCUCAAGCCCGGAUCGAAGAAGAUCAACCCGAACAACGUCGGAUCCGGGGGCAGAGGCCACAGGAAGGGCGGACAAGAUAACUGGAAAGAGUUCGAUGUGAUAGAAGAGGAAGGGCUGCUCGAGGAUGAAGGGUCGCGUCAAGGGUUGCCCCGCAGAUGCUAUAUUCUGGCUUUUGCCGUCUCUUUCUUUGCACUUUUCUCCUUAUUUGCUUUGAUUCUGUACGGCGCCAGUAAACCCCAGAAACCCAUUAUCAGUGUGCGGAGUGUUAAAUUCGAGAGGUUUGUGGUUCAAGCUGGUUCUGAUGAUAGUGGAGUUUCAACUGAUAUGAUAUCCAUCAAUGCCACUGUGAAGUUCACUUUCCGAAAUACGGCUACAUUUUUUGGGGUUCAUGUUUCAUCUACGCCCUUAGCUCUCUCCUACUCGCAACUCAACAUUGGCUCUGGCGAUAUGAAAAAAUUCUACCAAAAGAGAGAGAGCCACAGAAAUGUUUCCGUAAUAAUAAUUGGCGACAAGAUUCCACUGUAUGGAAGUGGAGCUGCUUUGAGCACACCAACAGGGAUCACAAAUUUGCCUAUACCGUUAAAUAUGGAAUUCAGGGUUCGAUCAAGAGCAUAUGUUUUGGGUAAAUUGGUGAAACCUAAAUUCUACAAGAAGAUUGUGUGCUCCAUUACUUUUGAUGCAAAGGAACUCAAUGUUCCAAUAUCCCUCAAGAACUCAUGCACAUAUGACUGACAAGAGAAUUAUUAGGGGACUGCCUGGUAAUGAAAAGGUUUUAAUAUAUUCGUUGGUUAUGUUGAGGGUAAAUUAUGGCUGGGAGAUGUGUUUUUCUUUAUAUAUAUAUAUAUAUAUUUUUU